AGUGCAGGUCAGGGAGGUUGAAUGAGUGUUUAGUGUUGGUGGUGUUUCUGCAGAGAAGACUUACUAUGGCAGGAGCUCUGCACUUCAUUCUGCUUUUGUUUCUGCAUUAUGGAUCAUUUGUCCUCAUUUCAGCCAGACCUGCUGAUGACACAGCUGCAGUCAGGUCCACCGUGGACCCUGAUGCAGCUCUUACUCCAACUGUGAGCCUCUCUUUUGCAGGAAAAACUACAAACACCACUGAUGUUCCCACCACAGGAUUCACAACCAGCAAGUCAACAACUAAACCUCCAACAACCACCACUGAAACAGGUAAAACAGCAGAGAGAGCAGCUCCCAGAAAAGAAGCUGAAGAAGAAGAGGAAGGUCCUCUGGAGUUAGAAUGUCCUCCGCUGGGUCUGGAGUCACUGAGAGUCAAAGACGGUCAGCUCAGAGCGUCCUCCUUCAAGCGCAGAGGCCUGGGUCCCCACCGCGGCCGCCUCAACAUCCAGUCUGGGAUAGAGGAUGGAGACAUCUAUGAUGGAGCCUGGUGCGCUCAGUACAGAGACAAGAAUCAGUGGCUGGAGGUCGACGCUCGGCGCCUGACCCGCUUCACCGGCGUCAUCCUGCAGGGCCGCAGCUCCAUCUGGAGCUGGGACCUGGUCCACACCUACAAGGUGCAGUUCAGUAACGACUCGCUGGUCUGGACGCCGUGUAUGAACGGGACCCAGGAGGCCAUAUUUGAAGGGAACCAGUACACGGAGACACCCGUCCUCGCCCUGUUCAACACAUCCACUGUGGCACGUUACAUCCGGAUCAACCCUCAGACCUGGUACCAGAACGGUACAGAGGGGGACAUCUGCCUGAGAGCCGAGGUGCUGGGCUGCGCGCUCCCAGAUCCAAAUAAUAUCUACGCAUGGCAGACCGAGCCGACAGAGUCCAGAGACAAACUGGACUUCAGACACCACAACUACAAGGAGAUGAGAAAGCUGAUGAAGUCGGUGAACGAGGAGUGUCCUGACAUCACCCGCAUCUACAGCAUCGGAAAGAGCUACAUGGGUCUGAAGCUCUACGUCAUGGAGAUCUCGGACAACCCAGGAAAACAUGAGCUGGGAGAACCAGAGUUCCGAUACGUCGCAGGGAUGCAUGGGAACGAGGUGCUGGGCCGGGAGCUUCUGCUCAAUCUAAUGCAAUACAUGUGCCAAGAAUACAAGCGUGGCGACCAGCGCAUCGUCCGCCUGAUCAAAGAGACUCGCAUCCACCUCCUGCCCUCCAUGAACCCUGAUGGCUACGAGAUGGCCUAUAAAAAGGGCUCUGAGCUGGCAGGUUGGGCUCUGGGACGUUACAGCUACGAAGGAAUAGACAUGAACCAUAAUUUCGCUGACCUCAACUCAGUGAUGUGGAAUGCCAUCGAGCUGGAGACGGACCGGUCCAAACUUAUCAACCACUACUUCCCCAUCCCCGAGCAGUACACCUCUGAGGACGCCUUUGUGGCGUCAGAGACCCGAGCUGUCAUCAACUGGAUGCAGAACAUCCCAUUUGUCCUUAGCGCCAACCUCCAUGGCGGAGAGCUGGUGGUCACCUACCCAUUCGACAUGACGCGGGACUGGGCACCUCGUGAGCACACGCCCACUGCUGAUGAAAGCUUCUUCCGUUGGUUGGCCACAGCGUACGCCAGCACCAAUCAGGUGAUGUCCAACCCAGACCGGCGGCCCUGCCACAACAAAGACUUCCUCAGACAUAACAACAUCAUCAAUGGAGCCGAUUGGCACAACGUACCAGGAAGUAUGAAUGACUUCAGCUACCUCCACACUAACUGUUUCGAGGUGACGGUGGAGUUGUCUUGUGAUAAAUUUCCUCAUGCCAGCGAGCUUCCCAUUGAGUGGGAGAACAACAGAGAGUCUCUGCUGGUCUACAUGGAGCAGGUUCACCGAGGAAUUAAAGGUGUAGUUCGGGACAAAGACACAGAGGCUGGUAUAGCAGAUGCCAUAAUAAAAGUUGACGACAUUGAUCAUCAUAUUAGAUCAGUUGCUGAUGGCGACUACUGGCGGCUGCUGAAUCCUGGUGAGUACAGAGUAACAGCCAGCGCAGAGGGAUACUUCCCUUCCUCCCGCACCUGCCAAGUCAUGUACGACCAUUACCCCACAAUCUGCGACUUCCGCCUCACCAAGAUGCCCAAACAGAGGCUGAAAGACAUUUUGGCGAAGGGGGGGAAACUCCCCAAGGACCUGCAGCUCAGGCUGCGUCAGCUACGUCUACGCAAGCUCCGUGUCACCACCAAGGCUAUCAACCAGAGACGUGCUGCUGCUGCCAAACGGGCAAAGAGGGUGUGAUGAUGAAGAAUGGAGGAUAAUAUGAGAACAAAGCAGGGACUUGUUCAGUUCACUGGUGGGUUCAGAGACAACUGCUCUUCACUGCAGUCAUGCAGUCUGUUAUUUAUCCACUACACCUGUACAAAUACACACCUGAUAUAUGAACAAUCUCCUGCUGUGGAGCAGCAGAACAGUUAAGGACACAUUUAUGGUUGCUGUUAAAAGUCACAUCAGUCUCCAGCUCUGCUGUGUUUGGUUUGGACUUGAGACAUUCAUGUGCUUUGAUGGCAUGACAAGUAAAUAUCAGAGGCUAUUUUAGGACAAGGAUUUUCCUUACAUGAGAAGUCAGUCUGUUUUCCUAGAUAAACUGUAGGUAAACAUGAGGAGAGACUGUACACAGAAAUGUAGGCGUUCAAUCCUCACGAAUACAAAAAACAAAACUUUUGACCCCAACUUAACUUCAGACUCUCUCUCCCUGGAGGAGGAUGCACAGUUCCAGAUAAGUAAGAGCACCUCCUUUUCUUCAACAGGGGGCUGAAUUGAUAGAAUUUCAAAAUAAAAGCACAUAUCAAAUUAAG